AUGGGACUAGAAUCAGUAGCUAAGUCGACAACUCAAAUCGUGCAAGCAUCGUCAAUGCCGGAGUUUCAAGUGACCGAAAAUUGGACAUUAUGGCACGAACGCUUCGAAAUGCAUUUAUUGGAGAUUGGCUGCGAAUCGGAUACGGUGAAAAUUUCCACGUUGUUGAAAUCAAUCGGCUCGGAAGCAUAUGGUGUUGUUCACAGCUUGUGCAGUCCAACGGUACCGGCAAAGAAAUCGUACGAUGAUUUAAUUGCCCUUCUGAAGCAACAAUACACGCCACCGAAAAUUGUGUUUCAAGAAAGAAAAAAUUUCUACGCAGCAAAAAUGGCACAAGGUGAGACUGUUGCAUCAUGGUUUGCCAGAGUAAAAAAACUUGCAAUCGACUGCAGCUUCGACGCAAAUUUGGACAAUUUCGUAGUAGACAAAUUUGUUUGCGAAUUGCCACCAAGGAUAUUUGAGAAGUUGUGCGAAGAGGAUGGCAAAUUAUCAUCAAGUGAUGCACUCAAAAAGGCUAUGCUACGUGAAACCAAACUUAACCAACAAAAUGGGGUGACCGCAUGGAGCAAUGAGGUUGACUAUGUGAAACCACGUGGUGGAGGCAACAAGCAGAAGGCACCGAAGAACAACAACAACAACAACAGCAACGGGACAAAGGCAAAUAACGGGAAGUCAUUAACCACGGAGAAGUUGGUCUUCAAUUCACUGUUCGAUCGAAGCAUAUUGCGACCAUGCACAGAACCAUUCACGGGCUACGGAGGUGACCAAUUAAAUAUUUUGGAUUCAUACGAUGAGAUCAUCUCGCAAAUCAAAAGUGAUUUUUCUGAAAUUUUCAAAAGUGGUUUAGGGAAAUGCAACACAACUGUUAUCAAGCUUCCAUUAAUCAAUGAUUCCACGCCAAUUUUUUGUAAGGCCAGACCCAUACCGAUGGCAUUUCGUGAGAAAAUUGAGCAACAGUUACAACAGUUAGUCGAACAAGACAUCAUCACACCUGUAAAUGACUCAGAUUGGGGUACGCCAAUUGUACCCAUUCCAAAAUCUGAUGGUGAAAUCAGAAUAUGUGGCGAUUAUAAGUCAACGAUAAAUCGAUUCCUUAAAGACUUUCGGUAUCCACUACCGCGUAUUGAGGAAAUCUUCGCUUCAAUGCAAGGAGGACAAUUGUUCUGGAUGAUGAUGCGCAAAAUAGUCACAGGAAAUAAUUUUGCUGGUCAUUUGAGCACGCUACGGAAAGUGCUGACUAAACUUCAAGAAGCUGGUCUACGACUGAACGUCGGUAAAUGCAAAUUCUUUCAGAGCAAAAUCUCAUACUUAGGUUUUGAUGUGGAUAAAAAUGGCCUUAGUAAGAAUCAAGAAAGGACAAAAAGUGUCAUUGAUUCGCCGCAACCCACAAACGUUUCUGAACUACGAGCAUUCAUCGGCAUGGUUAAUCAUCAUUCGAAAUUUAUUCCGAAUUUUGCUCAGCGUAUGAUACCACUAUAUGAUUUGCUAAAAAAGGAUGUUGAUUACGUUUGGACAAGAGCUUGUCAAGAAGCAUUCGAAUCGAUGAAGAAGGAAAUUUGUUCAGAUACCAUUUUAGCUCAUUUUGAUGCAAAUAAGCCAAUAAUUCUUACGACAGACGCAUGUGGCACAGCCGUCGCAGGUCGUUUAUCUCACAUAUUUGAAGAUGGAUCUGAUAGACCGGUUGCAUUUGUCUCACGUGCAUUAAAUAACGCCGAGAAAAAUUAUAGUACGUUUGAAAAAGAAGCACUUGCUAUUAUUUUUAGUGUGACGAAAUUGCGUCAGUAUUUGUUAGGUAAUAAAUUUAUUCUUCGAACGGACCAUAAACCAUUAGUCACAAUAUUUGGAGAGAAUAAAGGUAUUCCAGUGAUGGCAGCCGCUCGAAUUCAGAGAUGGGCUCUUCUUCUUUCAGGUUUCAAUUACUCUAUUGAGUAUGUCAAAGGCGCACUUAAUACGUCUGACAGCUUGUCACGUUUGCGACAAUUCGAAACCACCACAAUCCAUGAAGAGGCUUCAUACAUAAAUUAUGUCGGUUUUGUCAACAUCACACAAAUUGAUUACAAAACUAUUGCGUUGCAUACACGCCGUGAUCCAAUUCUUUCGAAAAUAAUGGAUUCCGUUCAGAAUGGCACACUCAAUAAUUUGCAAGGCGAUGACUUUAAAGCAUAUCGAUCAAAGGCACUUGAGCUAUCAGUUGAAAGUGGAUGUGUUCUUUGGGGAUAUCGCACGGUAAUUCCAAGUAAAUUACAAAAAGCUGUCUUGGAAGCUCUUCACAUGUCUCACUUGGGAAUUGUGAAAACAAAGUCACUCGCGCGCUCAUACGUCUAUUGGCCGAAUAUCGAUAAAGACAUUGAAUUCAUGAUUAAGUCAUGUGAACCGUGUCAAUUGACACAACCAAAUCCAGAGAAGAGUUCACUAAUUCCAUGGACUCCAACAGAUUCUGCUUGGAAAAGAAUUCAUAUCGAUUUUGCAGGUCCAAUUAAGGGAUUCAUGUUAUUCAUUGUGAUUGAUUCUUUUUCUAAAUGGGUCGAAGUGUUUAAAACGAAAGACAUCACAUCAGCUUUUGUGAUCGCCAAGUUGAGGGAAACAUUCUGCCGUUAUGGUUUAGUUGACAUCAUUGUCAGCGAUAACGGAAGGCAAUUCACUUCUGCCGAAUUUCAAGAGUUCGUCAAACAAAAUGGCAUAAAUCACAUUUUCACAGCACCGGGCAAUCCGUCCACUAAUGGCCAAGCUGAAAAUUUUGUCAAAACGCUCAAAAAGUCGAUUGUUGCGAAUAUUAACAAGCACAAGAACAUCGAUAUGGAUGAAGUACUGAACAAAUUUUUAUUCGACUAUCGCAUCACUAAACACUGUACGACAAAUCAAUCACCUUCGAAAAUAAUGUUUGGUAGAGAAGCGAAAUCGCGAUUUAGUUUGAUGAAACCACCGCUUAUUCGUGAAACCAUCAUACAAAAAAAUCAAACGGCAAUAAAGAAUUACAAAGGCAAACGUAACGUCGAAUUUUCAAAGGGACAGCAAGUUUAUGUCCGAAAUUACAAGAAUCCAAAUAAACCUGGUUGGUCACCAGCAAUUGUUAAGCACAAGAUCGGUCCUCGCAAUUACACUUGUUUGCUCAUACGAGAAAAUCGUGACAUCAAACGUCACUUAAAUCAAAUCCGCGGAGCAGUGAAUGAUGAUGGUGCAUCGGAAACAAGUGCAACGUUAGAGCAAAACGAUGAAGUCGAGCCGACUGAUAUCGUAGAUGAUGAACAAACUGGAGCAUCCAGCGAAGAUGAAGAGACCUCUGAAAACGAGCAUGAAGCAUCUGGUGGGGGAGAGGAGUCGUUCGACACAGCGAAUAGUUCAAAUGAUUCAGUCACUAUGGCUGAUAACACACUGAUCGAUGGCUUUCCCAUGCCCAUACCUGAGCCGCAAGUGCGGCAACCGCAACGAGCCUGUUCGAAGAAGGCAGCUGAACAAAUCACAAAACAAUUGCAACCGAAUCGGAAUCGCUAG